AUGACACCAAUCCUGCUCGACGCCUGCCUGGCCGCCUCGAACCGACUGCACGGUAUCUACGUGGAAAGGGUGUCGUCUAUAGACUCAGCCCAAGCUGAGUUCAAUCUCCUUGGCGUCAACAUCACCAACCACGCCACGCAUCCAGCCAUCCGACUCGACGCGUGUGAGAACGCGGAAAUCUACCUGAACUCGUGUCACAUCUACGACAACCAUGACGGUGUUCUGGUCAUCGACGGCCCAAGCGACACUUGCGAGAUCAAGCUGUAUCGCGGGAAUUUUACAAGGAACCGAGGCCCUGCGCUGCACCUGGAAACGUUGACUCACGGUACCGUACACCUCGAGCAGAACACGUUCGCCUCAAAUCACAUGAAUGCUAGGGCGGAUCGAGAGGCUCUCGUUAACGUGAAUGCAGGACCAGGCCCCGCCCCACCCUCUACAAUCAUCAGCGGUAACAACUUUUUUGCGAAUCUGGCAUUUAACGUCAUCUACGCGGACGUGGUCGCCGCGAACAUCUCGCAUAACUAUUUCAAUAAUCAAAGGUCGAAUUGCGAGGUGACGAGCGGCCCCAGCAGGAAGCCAUCACUCGAUGAUAUCCGGCUAAAUCACUGGGCGCUAGGUUCCGAGAAGGAGAUUUUACUCCGAAUCUGCGCCAUCAGUGCCGACGCGAACUCGGCGGCCCUCUAUCUGCCGUUUGCCAACUACACGGGCGGACUUUUGAUUCAGGACAAUCAACCGAUUCCUCCCUUCACCCACCUCUACAACACGAUCCCCAACAAUGGCCGCGCUUAUGUCGUCGCCGAAAACAUGACAAUCCCCGAGGACAAGGUGGUCAUCAUCGAGCCCGGCGUUCAGAUACGAUUUCUAAAAGACGCCAAAUUGAUCGUGCUUGGAAAACUAUAUGCGAAUGGCUCGGCGUCCACACCGAUAAAGCUGGGCGGAAGCCAAGAAGGGGCCCAAUGGCCUGGGAUAGAGCUGACGCCAAACUCGACAGCCAUCCUCUCUGGGGUCCAAGUCCAAGAUGCCAUCGAUGGAAUCGUUGUCGACACACCAAAUAUCCUUUUUGAGAAUUUGAAAAUUACAAACCCAACGGAUGCCGGAAUUGUGUUAACCAAGAAUUCGGAGCCUGUCGUCGAUCUGGGUGGUACCACGGUAACCGGCGCUCAGACUAUCGGCCUUUACGUGGAGGAACGAGGAAAUGGUGUCAAAAUUAGCAAUUUAAAAAUUGAGCAGAGCGACGGGAUCGGUGUGAAUUUUGAGAAACCGAUUGGCAACGUGACUCUGGAGAAUGUAACGUGCGGCGCCGUCCCCUCCAACCUGCGCAUCAUCGGCGCAAAUUUCGUGGAGAACACAGCACAACCGCUGAAGCUCGACCUCGGAGAAUGUGCCGGGGCUCAGCUUCUGGCCAACUCGGUGGAGCGGAACAGUGCCGGGCCCGACGACGCGCUGCUCAAGAUUGGGAUAUCACCGAAAAUUGAUGAUAACCCCAUCUCAAAAGUGGCCAUAUUCGCCAACAAAUUCAACGGUAACACGGCUUCGCGUUCCACCCUCGAGCUGAGCAACGGUUCCGGAAAAAGGUUCAACGGAACACUCUAUGGCAACACUUUCACCGGAAACGCUAAUAACGAGGCCGUGCUGGAGGUCGAUUCCAAUAGCUAUAGAAUCUACGGCAACGAAUUCCGGGACCCUCAGACUCCCUUUGAGGUCUUGUUCACCGGAGCUGGGCAACUGCACCUCGGCGACAAUGUGUGGGGCACGCAGGCGAUUGAGGCGAUUAAGCAGAAGAUAUCGUGCAGCGAGGAGCGACGGGUUUGUGAUGGAAAUGACUGCUCUUUGGAAUUGUGCUCGACGAGGAACUGCGAACACGGGUUUUGUGAGGCCGGCAUCUGUAAAUGUGAACCUGGCUGGACGGGAAAGCACUGCAGCCUUGGUCAAUGUGCCAACGAGUGCUCCUACAGCGGGAUAUGCGUCGGGCCAGCUCAAUGCAAAUGUUUUGCUGAUUAUGCAGGCGCUGAAUGCGAGAAGUGCGCGACGAAGGAGUGCGUCGGUUGCGAGCCCGAAUGUAAGCACGGAGUAUGUGAUGCCGAGUCCAGCACUUGCCGAUGCACCAAUGGCUGGACUGGGGCGGCCUGUGAUGUUUGCCCGACCAAUUCCUGCCCCACCGACAGCUCCAUUUCCUAUAUUCUGCCCCAAAAGGCGGAUGUUGGCCAGGGAAAUGGGAUAGUCAGUGUGUACGGCCAGGAUUUGCCGAGUGACGCCACCUAUCGCUGUCUCUACGGUACUUCCACAGCCCCCGGAAAAUACAUCAACAGUCACCUCGUCAGGUGUAGCCUACCGGAAGACAUGCCACCCGGUCGCCACGUCUUCAGUCUACAGCCUACAGGCUCGCUGCAAAACAUUGGCGGCCACGGGGCCGUCCAUUUCACCUUCACCGAAAAGGCGCCCGACAGCUGCAAGGGGGCCGCGCUGGGCCCGUUGUGCGUCUGCGAGCUAGACCAAACUGGACCUUUUUGCUCGACGGUUGAACUGCUCGCCCCGGUUGACCGGACUUUUAUCAAAAACCAGCGGGCGAACGAAGCCGUUGAAGGGGAGCCGUAUGUCGUGCAUCUUCCAGUGGUUCCCAACUCGGUCGUCAAGCUCUCCUCAACAGCCCCUGGGUUACGCUAUGAUGCUGGUCAGAAUACGGUAGAAUGGGACCGGCCUCUAGGCUCUUCCGAGGCUUACCAGGUGAAGCUCGACGUGUUGACCCCCGCCAAAUCCGAAGCUAUCGAAUGGGAAAUCGGUGUUGCGCCCAGCUACCAGGCUACGGUCGAAGGCACCGAGAUUGUCGGCAACACGCAAAAACGACGAAUUUACGGGCGAAUCGACAAGCCGCUCGCCAAUCGCCCGGUCGCGAUCCGUAUCAGACGUCAAGAUGCUGACCUCGGCGUCGAGGAAUAUACGGUAAUGACGGACGAAAGCGGUCGUUUCUCCUUCGAGUACACCCCACAAUAUGGAGGUGUCUAUGCCGUGACGGCCCACCAUCCUGGUGUGAAAGUUGACGAUUCGAGCAAUGGAGUCGAGUUAUCGUGGGCCAAUCCCUCGGUCAAAGUCACGUAUCACGAUCGGCCAACGAUUGAGGAGCUGAAGCAAGGGCUGGAAUUUGAGGUCCAGAAUACCGGUGACGGCGUGCUAUCAGGCUGGCAGAUACCACCCUCCAUCGGUCCCCGCGAGGCCGCACGUAUCAUCGUGAAGUUCGACAUCGACGAUGGCUUCUCCGGGCCGAUUACCUUGAUUUUGGUAGCGGAUGGGGGUUUUAGCUAUGUGAUCAGACUGGCAGUGACUACGAAGAAAGCGAAAGGUAUAUUGACUGCAAUUCCUGAGUCGCUCGUUGUGCCGCUGGUGUAUAAUGCACUGCCGACUAUACAGGUACGGCUCGAUACUUCGGGUACGACCUUCUACUCGCCGAUCGAGUUGGGCUACGACACCCGGCCAAGCCCUUUCUAUUUGAUCGGAUCGGAUCCACCGUUGAACGACUACGCUGAGUAUUCGAAUAGCGUUUCCGGACUGACGCUGACCCUUGGCGCCUCGCCAAGCGGAAACAAGCAAAACGGAACUAUCAGGAUAGUCUAUCGCACUGAUACGAUCCUCCGCAUACCGUACACCUUUUCACGGCGCGAGACCGAGCUGUUCAACCUGGCCAUAUGCCUGAAGGAUGAAAACUUCCUAAACACCGUUUCCGCGGCCGCAAACGCCCAAAUCGACUUGGUGAACAGCCUCAGCAAGGCGGUGAUGAACCCCCGGGGUGCUGUAGUUAAUGGACCCCCACAAAUCUUCACCCUCUACCCCGGCUACUAUCAGCUGACCAUCUACUCGGAUUCGCAUGAGAAGUACGAGGAGCCAAUCUUGCGCUCCCCUCUUCCUCAACUCCUCUUCGACCCUUCAGUGAUCCAAAUCGGAACCUCUGAGCUCGAGCUCUACGCUGAUGGGCCGGCUAGCAAGGACACGUUUGUGAUCCUCCACGCCUUCGAGGACGACAAUAUAAAAUUGGAACCUCCCAAAUCGGCGCUGGUGAUGGGCGGAUCAACACGGGCCGAGCUGGCCGUAAACCGAGCGGGCAGGUUAUUUAGCAACAGUGCCAAAUGUGAAGCAAUACUGCUGCAAAUCCCGUACCGUGUGGCCAGGAAUGGAUCGAGGGAAAUCGGGCUUGAGGCUCAGCUGAUAUUGGCGAAGACGGAGAAGCCAAAAUUAUUGUGCGACGCCAACUUCGAUCGGACCACGGUCGCAAGCAAAACCAUCGUCCAGUGCAACUGCGCGGCUGCGGUGCGUCGCGAGUGCCGCGAAAAAUACGAGAGCCCAGUGGCGUGCGGUCAGGGUUGGGCCAAGGUUGCCGACGACACCACGUCGCUUGAGAAUCUGGCGAUGAUUCUCCACCUUGUCGCCGAGUGUCAGCAGGUGCAAGUGUACUUUGAGGACUUGCUGACGUCAGUUUCCGAGCAAAAUGACCCCUCCUCGGAUGCCAUCGACGCCCAGGCCAUCUCUUACGCCGCGCACUUUAUGCAAUUUUUGCAGAAUUUGGAGUCAAUCAUCCCCUUCGAUCAAUUGCGAGCGAUCAGCGCCCAGGAGUGGAACAAGUUUUUCAAGGCGAUCUCCGACUCCUCGGCCGGAGGCCCGGCAAUUUGGAAGACCGAGAAGCUGGAGUUGGGCCAGAAAGGCUCGGCUGUCGAAAACCUGGCUGCGACGUGGAACAACUCGGUGACGGAGUGGACGGCGGGGAAGAUUUUGCCGUUUGAGGCUCUCCCGAACCCGACCGUAACCUACGACCAAGUCCACGAAGUCGUGUCCUCUGCCGACAAGUUGAAGGCGCUCAGUCGACAGGCCGGUGCCCCAAACCCAUUCGCCCUACUACACGCCUACUUCGGCAAAUUGGCAAUGGGAACGGAAAAAUCGAACGACGCCUGCGCCGAGGCGUUCGUGCUCGUCGAACCCGACACGGUGGUGGAGAACGGGAUGGUGACGUUGCGGGUGCAAUUUAGGAACCUUAGGAGAACCUCCCUCACCGGGGUGAACCUGAAAAUCGAGUGGAUUCGGGCGGACGCGUAUACACCGGAAGUUAAAUUCGCGACCGGGAUCUUUUCGUAUACAGGUAUCUUCGCUCUCGACGGAACUCAAAGCCUACCAGCCGGCACCUCAUUCCGCGCAACUGCAAAGUACACAACAGCCCCCGUACUCCCGCUAAAACGGGACGUAUUUUAUCAGCCGAUCGUCGUCAUCUCGUUCGAAAACGAGGGCACGCGAACGAUACAAAAGCUCGAGACCCCGGACUUGAAGAUUACGCCAAAGCCAAACUUACAAGUCUACUACCUCCUUAAGUCCAAUGGUGACGACUCGAAGCUGUUCAACAUUACCGCAAUCUUUGCCAACAAGGGCUACGUCCCCCUCGACAACGUGAAAGUGAUCAACACCGCGUUGGAGAUCCUGGGGCCUAACCUUGGCCCCGUCGGCUACCGCAUCGAGGGCCUGGCGGUGGAUGGGAGACAGAGAAAUGGAGCGCUCAGCUACGAGCUCGGCACGAUCAGACCGGGCGCUACGAAGACAGCUGCGUACCAAAUUUCAGCACUGGACGUGGGAAAACUUUCGUCAAUCCGAGCUCAAGUGCUUGCUGGCGGCAAAUUGCUACCCCUCGACGACAACAAGGCGUUCACUGUCAAGCAGCUGCUCAAUAAAGGUCUCCUCAUUUCUCCGCUGGACACACCGCAACCCGAAUUCUUCUUCGACACCGCGACGGCCGCCGUCACGAACCUGAUUCAUCUCCAAAAUAUUAAGACAACCAGCACCGAUUCCACCGCCGACGGCCGACCCUACAAGCACAUUCUGGCCGUCUUCUCCAACCCGGAAUCGACGGCAUUUUCCGGAUCGCUUCUCGGCAAAGUGCAACUCCCGGCCAUGCCAUCAACGUUCCGCUUGAUACGGCUAACCGAGGUGGACGCCAAACUCUCCACUACGCAACGCAACCUGAACGGCGCCCGGUGGACCGAGGCUGAGGGAAACUCGCUAAACUUUAUCGAUAAGGAGGCGACGCUGCCAUUGCCGUUGAACACCAUCUCCUACGAGGCCAUCUUCGGGGAUCCGGCCCAGUUUGACGAGCCGGUUUUCGAGAAGGGAUCUUAUCGGAUUCAGUUACUCCCGGAAUCGUGGCCAACGCCCGGGUCCAAAGUUGGAAGUGUAGCAGCGUACACCCCGGACGGCAGUCCAUUGGAAUACGCGUUAUACAGCCGCACCGGCGAUGUCACCUACGCUAUCGACAGUCAAACGGGCGAGAUCUACGCCGAGCGGCUGCCCCCGGAAAACCAGGACCGAUGCCUGAUCGUCGAGGCCAAGACCAAAAACGGCAAAAUCGAGCGCGUGCCAUUGACCAUUAACACGGGCGGGGCCCAGAAGGGGUGUGUCGCUAUCGAUACCUCGGAGUUGAAGCCGCUUCUGCAUUCGGAAAACGAAAAUCCGGGAGCCCCGACCGAAUCCCCAUGGAAAACGACCGGAACCUGGACAACUGUCACCACAUCAAAACGUACACUAACCACAUAU